CCCUUUUUGUUUUCUAGCAGAUCUCAGAAGGCAGUGAGUUUAUUGGACUAUCAAUGUCCAACACAGCCUGCAAGAGGCAUGCUGUGGUUGAGGGGAAAUAAGGAAAUCUAACGGAUGCCUUCUGGCUACUUGGGGGGAAAUAAUUUAAGACAAUUGCAUUUUUGUUCAUUUUUAUUAGCCUACAGGUUAUCCUCCAAAUUUAAGUUUUUCAACAAAGUGCAUUGUGCAUUGGAUGGAUAAAUAAUCGUACCACAAAGAAGACAAAGCUUGUUGCAACUAAAAUACUUUUUUUUCGUUCCUGUUCUUCUCCCUCAUACUUCCUCGUGCAUGAAAGCUAUUGUUGAAUGUGUAGAGUGGAAGGAGCACGCAGUCUGAUAUCUGUAAUAUGCCAGAGGAAAUGACCGUUUAAACAUUAGACCGUGUGGGACAUUAGGACAUGGGAUUUAACAGAAAAACUGACUCCGGGCUUUGAAUAACCCGUGAUCACAUCUUUGGGGAAAAUUGCAAAUGAAGUAUUUCUUCCUGUGAGAUUAAGCCGAACUGUUUCGGAAACUUGGAUAGUUUGCAAGCGAUCUGAUUUGAGCGCACCGCGACCUAAAUAAUGGCCAGGAGUUGAAGUGCGGAGAGAACUUCUAAAACAUACAGGAAAAACUGUAUUUUGAAUGUAACAAAAAAAAGUGUAUGUAGUCACAUAGCGGUUCUCUCAUCACUUGACAUAACUUUCCAAUCACAACCGACUCUGAAAAUCCCUCGCACGGGCAAACGAGUGCGCACAAAGAUGGCAAUCCUUUGGAGGCGCGCUUCUCUGGGGCUGUGGAAACAAAUAAUGGCUCCGCUCGUCUUGCUCUUGUGCAACAGGCUUGUGACCAAUGCGGACGAUGACACUUUCAACGCAGAGUCAUGGUUGCGGAGUUUUGGCUACCUGUCCCAGGCCAGCAGACAGAUGUCCACCAUGCAGUCCUCUCAGAUCCUGUCAAAUGCUGUUAGCGACAUGCAGCGCUUCUAUGGCCUGGAGGUCACUGGAGAGAUGGACGAUACCACACUGACGGCCAUGAGAAGGCCUCGCUGUGGAGUCCCAGACAAAUCUUUUGGGCAGACUGAGAACGGUAUGAGGCGGAAACGAUACACUCUCACUGACCAGAAGUGGGACAAGAACCAUCUGACAUACAGCAUUAUGAAUACUACCCCAAAGGUGGGUGAGGAGCGGACACGAGAAGCCAUCCGCAAGGCCUUUUUGGUGUGGGAGCAUGUGACACCACUGAGCUUCGAAGAAAUCGCCUUCCAAGACGUCACCAACAGCAGCCAGGACGCGCUAGAUAUCAUGCUGUUGUUUGCCUCUGGUUUCCAUGGAGACAUGUCUCUGUUUGACGGCGAAGGGGGAUCCCUGGCUCAUGCCUACUACCCAGGGCCCGGGAUGGGCGGAGACACACACUUUGACGCAGACGAACCGUGGACGCUUGACAACCAUAAUCCAUCAGGUAUUGACCUAUUCCUGGUUGCGGUGCAUGAGCUGGGCCAUGCUCUGGGCCUGGAGCACUCUGACAACCCCAGUGCCAUCAUGGCUCCCCUCUACCAGUACAUGGACACAAAGACCUUCUCACUCCCGGACGAUGACAGGAGUGGAAUACAGAAGAUAUAUGGGCCUCCAGACGAUGCUCCCACUCAGGACCCCCCCACCACCACCAGUGAUGACACCGCGCCUCACCAAGACCCCACCACCACUGCUCCUCCGGAUCUAAACCCCACCACCCCCCCUUAUAGUUCUCUCCAGACAGACCCCCCCAGCCCCACCUAUGACCCUGACACCCCAGACCAACCAGAACCUGAACCAGAUCCCACCGACGCACCUCACCUCCCUCCAAUACCUGACCCAGAGCCCACCAUCCCUUGGCCCGACCCUGUGCCGGUGACCCCCUACAUCAGGAGAGAUGAGCCUCGUCGCCCUGUGCAGCCAGACCACACCGCCCUGGACAUCUGUGACGGGGACUUUGAUACGGUCACCAUGCUGCGAGGGGAGAUGUUCGUCUUCAAGGGUCGCUGGUUCUGGAGAGUUAGAAGGAACCAUGUUCUGGACAACUACCCAAUGCCCAUUUCUGUCUUCUGGGUUGGACUACCUGAUGAUAUAGACUCUGGCUAUGAACGGCACGAUGGGAAAUUUGUCUUUUUCAAAGGGGACAGGUACUGGGUGUUCAGGGAGGCUGACGUGGUGCCUGGUUACCCCCAGCCCCUGAUAGAGUAUGGUCAGGGCAUCCCCUCAGACAGGAUCGACACAGCCAUCUGGUGGGAGCCCACCGGCUACACAUACUUCUUCAGAGGAGACAGAUACUGGCGUUUUGAUGAAGAGUCCCGCACCGGUGACAGAGACUACCCUAAACCUGUCUCCAGGUGGGGCAAGGUCCCAUCCUCUCCUAAAGGAGCCUUCCUCAGCGACGAUGGCGCUUACACCUACUUCUACAAGGGCUCAAAGUACUGGCGGUUUGAUAACCAGAAAAUGAAAGGUGACCCAGGCUAUCCUAGAUCCAUCCUUAAAGACUUUAUGGGCUGUGAGGGAGCACCGGAUGUGGACCCCGAUACAGAUGACACAGUAACGGGCCGCAAGUGGCCCACAGUCGACCAACCAAAACCACAACCACCAAUUGGCUCCGACCCGGAUGAUGUGGACCGUGACACAGAUACGGAUUACACCAACGAUGUGGAUUAUGAACCUGAUGCAGAGGACAAAGAGGUGGAUGUGGUGGUGAGGAUGGCUGAGAACGAGGCCAAGGUUAUGACCCUGAUCAUGGUGACCGUGCCCCUGGUCCUGGUGCUGUGCAUCCUACUAUUGGUCUAUGCUAUUAUCAACACCCUGCAGAAGAAAGAGGCGCCCAGACUUUUGGUCCAUUGCAAACGAUCCCUGCAAGAGUGGGUUUGAUGUGCUCCAGAAAUGGAUUCACACACACACACACACACACACACACACACACACACACACACACACACACACACACACACACACACACACACACACACACACA